AUGGCACCAACAAAAGGAAGACCAAACACACAUGCUGAAGCACGAGUUGCUCGCUCUAAUAUUAAGAAAAAGGAGGCCCAGCUACAUGCUGCCAUUCAAUGGUGCAGAGGAAAUAAUGCAAGGGGUCAUGCUGCCUUGACGACAAGGCUUUUCAAUUUGAUAAAGAGCAGAAGCACAAUUGACAAUCGACUUGAUGGGAAAAUUGUAACUGGGUGUGAGAAGCAGUAUUGCUGUAUACUCACACACUUGGAAGAGGAGUCCGUUGUCAGAUUUGUCAAGAAUAAGAACCGUUGUCUGCAAGGAAUCAACAAGAAACAAUUGACAAACUUGAUUCUAGACAUUCUCAAGAUUCAAGACUAUGCAAACAAGAAAUUAAAGGGAGGAAGGCGCUACACUAACCUGUCAGUGAAUGCUAAGAGGGCUCUUCAAAACAAAAAGUUGAGUCGAUCAUUUUGGAAGAGGUGGGAUGCAAAGCAUGAUGAUUUACGAAUGAAAAGACAGGGUACUGUGACCAUGAAUAGAGCAAUGAACUGUACAUGUGACAUGGCUUCCUCUCAUCUUGAUGCUUUGGCGAAGGAGUUAAUUGAUGCCGGCAUCUUUACCAACACCAAGCAAGUUGCACCUGGGGUGUGGACUGGGCAAAUCAAUACCAGCAGAGUGUUUAACCAUGAUGAGACACCACAAUUCAUAAACUAUGGUGUUGACGGUACACUGAAUGGGCUUGUUUAUUCCGGACGUGGUGAGUCUUGUAAACGAAUGAUAAACGAGAACCGUGAAUGUGUAACCAUUAACCCGGUGGUUUCUGUGUCAGGGUUUGUUUGCGUUUGCCAAGUUAUUUUUGGCACAACAGGCAUCACAGGUCAUAUGGCUCCAAAAACAGUGGUUGAGAAGAUUGACAACUUAUUGAUUUCAAUGACAGACAACGGGUGUCAGGACCAUAUGUCACUACUGGCUUGCUACAAGUUGUUCGACAAGUAUCUUGAUAAAGAAAACAUUGAGCGACCUGUUGUUCUUACGAAGUCUUGA